UCUGUGGACAUUUUAUUUAUUUGUUUAUUUUUGUUAGUGAUCUGUGUUUAUCUGGUUUCUUUUCUCGUACUUGAUGUUGAUUUAUCAUAAUUUUGUAUAAUUAUAAAAAACAUGAUUCGUGAAGAUGUCUUACCUCCUGUUCUGUCAGCAAAAUUCAUCUGCGAACACUCCCAUUACGUAAAAAUUCACCAAGAGGGAAUAGAAAUACUAUGCAAGGAGAUUCUCUCAUCUCUAAUAGACAACAAGCUCCAAUUGCCUGAAACUGAUGCAGACAGCAUACACCCUGACAGAGAACACCCACGUGCAGUUGACUGGGUGUUUGUCGCUGAUGCUCUCAACUUCUGUUUCUGGUCACGCAGUAAAGAGGAGCAGUGGACUGUUAAUGGAUAUACUGGAUACUAUGCUCUAGAGGCAGCUUUGCAUAGAGCAUUAAAGGAAGGGUAUGAUAUCACAAACCCUGAAUACUAUUACAAUAUAAAGGAAAAGGAACUGAAGCACAUAUUCAGGGGUGAUACAUCAGCAGAAAUACCUCUGUUCAGUCAAAGAAUAGCAAUAUUACAUGAAGUUGGUACUAUACUAAUAGAAAAAUAUAAUAAAACAUUUGAAACAUGUGUAAAAGAAGCCAAUAAAUCAGCAAUUAAACUAUUAGAGAUUGUUGUUGAAAAUUUUCCUUGUUUUCGAGAUGAAGCUCUAUAUCAAGGCAGUAAGGUUUCUUUUUAUAAAAGAGCACAGAUAUUGGUUGCCGAUUUAUGGAAUGUUCUGGAAAACAAUGGGUGUGGCGAGUUUCAUGAUAUAGACAAACUGACAAUGUUUGCGGACUACAGAGUGCCGCAAGUUCUAGUUUAUUUUGGUGCUAUGAGCUACAGUGACGAGCUGAUGGACAAACUAAAGAAAGACAUACUUCUACCAAGUGGUUCGCAAGAAGAGGUUGAAAUCCGGGGCUGUUCCAUCCACACCAUAGAGUUACUAAAGCAAAGCUUACAAGAGAGUAUAACCAGAGACAAUAUAAACAUAGAGGUUCCUAAUUCCAGUCUCCUAGACUACUAUCUUUGGUGUUAUAGGAGGAAGCAUGCAAAGGAAAUGGAGAAGAUACCUUAUCACAAGACCUUGGGUAUUUAUUACUGACUCUUAAACUGCUAAAAGACUCUAAAACAGUAUUUAUUAUAUCUUUUAUAUCUUUCUAAGACCUUAGUUUAUAGGAAUGUAUUAUUUCUAUAUUACUUAUUUUUUUAUAGUAUUAAUUACUAAGGGUAACAGAAUAUAAUCAUGACCACAUAGGUCCCACCUGCAGGCAUAUUAUGUAUCUCAGUGUACCAUUCAAAUAGUGAGUCAAUGCUGCAGAAAUCAUGGUGGUAGUAAUUUCCUGGAUAAAAAAAAUAUAGUUUAGUUUGGUACCAUCAAUCGGUAACAAUUAAUUAAAGGCUUUUCUUUCAAGAGUUAUAAACUCCUGUGACAGAAGGCUAUUCAGCUAAUAAUUUUAUAAAAAUAUAUAAAUUAAAGCUCAAAGUAUAAAAAAACAAAUGUUUGUGUGAUGUGCUUUUGGUCAAAAUUAUUUACAUAGUAUUAUUUAGUAAUUAUUUUUAUAGUCAAAAAUUUUCCUGUAUCUACAUUAUAAAUAUAUUUAAUUAUUGUAAAUAUUUCUGGCGGACUUAAUUUUAUGGAUGCAAAUAAAAUAAGUCUAUUUUUC